AUGAAUGUACUUCCAUGCAGAUCUCCCAUCCCGUCGUCGCCUCUCCCUCUCGUUCGCCGUCGCCUCUCCCUCUUACCCGCCACCGCCUCUCCUUCACAUCCCGCCGUCUCCUCCCCCUCGCAUCCCGCCGUCGCCUCCCUCUCACAUCCCGCCGUCGCCUCCCCCUUACAUCCCGCCGUCGCCUCCCCCCCACAUCCCGCCUCGCCUCCCCCCUCGCAUCCCGCCGUCGCCUCCCCCUCACAUCCCGCCGUCGCCUCUCCUCUCACCGCCGUCGCCUCCCCCUCUCAUCUCGCCGUCGCCGCUGACGACAGCUGCACGAGCGCGAGCUGGCGGGCGAGCGCGAGGUGGUUUCUUAGGCGCCGUGAUUCUGAGAAGAGAGCGAGAGGAGAGGAGGAGGGCGAAGGGGAAGGAAGCAAGAAGCUUAAGGCAGAGGAGGCAGCAGCAGUAGCUGAUGGGGACGAGCCGGCUGCAGCGGCUGCAGCGGCUGCGGCGGCGGAUGGAUCAGAGGCAUCGGCCAAGCCAGCUGGCACGAGCUCAUUGGUGGAGAGUGCGCUGGAGCCCGCGUUUGUGAUGAUGGAGGUGGGUGGUGCUGCGCCAUGCAUUGCCCCAUCCCUUUUUUCGUCUUACUGGUUCCCGCCUCUGCUUGAUGGUGGACGGGGAGCACGUGCCGUCGUCAGUGAUGGUGGACGGGGUGCACGCGCAGCACUUCUUCGGCACGUGGUGCACGACCGCAGUGGGUUGAGGGGGCAGGCAACAGUGGCUGCUGCUGUGCCUCUUAUUGCCCUCUCACUCCUUCUGACCCACCGUUCCCCCAUUUCCCUCUCAUCCCAAGCAGACCUGUGGAGAGCGAGAGACAGGAGUCCCGUGGAGAGCGAGAGACAGGAGGUGGUGGUGGAGGUGCAUGACGGUCCUGUAGAGAGCGAUAGACAGGAAGUGGUGGUGGAGGUGCAUGAUCGCAGUGGGUGCAGGGGGCAAUUAACAUACCUUACACCUGUGCCCCACGCUUGUGCUCCUUUGCCCGCUCUGCUGUUCUCACUCUCUCUUCCAUCCAGUCCUGUGGAGAGCGAUAGACAAGAAGUGGUGGUGGAGGUGCAUGACCGCAGCGGGCUGAGAGGACAGGCCACGGUGCCUGCAGCUACGCUCGUGGACGAAGGGGUGGUGAACGGUGAGAGUGAUAAGGGGUGGAAGGGGGGAGUGCUAAAGGGUGGACGGGUGAAUGAUAGGGCCAAAGGGGUGAGUGAUAAUGGGUUGGUGGGUGUAUCAUCAGGGUUGAAUGGGUGGGUGGCGAGUAAUAGGCCAAGAGCUCUCCUGCCCGGGGAGAGCCACGUGUCUCUGUCGCCUUCUCCCCUUGAUUUCUUACCCCCCUUGAUUUCUUACCCCCCUUCACCCAUCACCCCCCUCUCCCCCCCCGCCGUCUACCGCGCUCAACCCUCCCAGCGCCCGGGUGCCCACGUGUCACUGUCGCAGCGCUGCCAUUGGCUGGCAGUGAGGGACACGUGUCAGCAGGAGGUGGCUCGCGUGCAGAUCGCAGUGUCUCUCGUGCCCUGUGCCAGGGACUAUGGCACGCAGUGCCAGCCCAUCACAGAGUCAGCAGCAUACGACUGGGUGCUCGCAGCAGCCAUGGCAGCUCAGGGCUUCCACGCGCGCAACCUGCGCCUCUCGGGCCCCUGGGAGUGGCUGUGCGAUCAAUUUGCUACCUGCUAUGGCGUCUCUACUCAUUAUACCAAGCUCAGGUACCUCACACGAGUGAUGGACGUGGCAACACCAACAGCUGACUGCCUUACCCUGAUCCAUCAGCUGCUGGCGCCGGUGCUGCAUGCACACGACAGUGACGGCAGCAGUGUGACUAAACAAGAGGCACGCAUGCUAGCAGACAUGGAAGAGUGUGUGGGCGACCUCCUGCAGCUCACAUUUGAAAACUACAAGUCGCUCAGCGAGUCUGCCCCUUCAGGCAUCGCCGACUCGUCCCGUUCCGCCGCCCACCUCUGUGCCUCCCUGGGGCGAUCGCUGGUGGGGGCAGAGGCGGCAGCGCUGGUGGCGCCGGCUAUCCCUCCCGCGGUGCAUCUGUUUGGGCUUCUGAACGACCUGCUGCUGCCAGAGGUGCAGCAGCAGUUCUGCGAAUACCUGCAGGAUGGGGGUGCAAGCGUGUGUGUGGCAUGUGGCGGGAGGUGCAGGGGGGAUAUCGGCAUUCACGACCAACACAUUCUGCCCAGCUUCGUGGGCCUACCUACCCACCCGAGCCGACAGCUGGCGUGUACAUGGUGGAGCAAAGAAAGGGCUGGCUCGGCGUGCUUGAACAAGCUGGCGCUUCCCUUCCCUUCUUCCCUUCUCCCCCCCACCUCCCAGCUUCGUGGGCCUACCUACCCACCCGAGCCGACAGCUGGCGUGUACAUGGUGGAGCAAAGAAAGGGCUGGCUCGGCGUGCUUGAACAAGCUGGCGCUUCCCUUCCCUUCUUCCCUUCUCCCCCCCACCUCCCAGCUUCGUGGGCCUACCUACCCACCCGAGCCGACAGCUGGCGUCACCCGCUGCCACAUGUCAAGAACCUGCUGCACGCCACUGCUGACGUGGAGGACAGGCUCAUGCUGUGGGGCGUGGGCAAGGUGCCUGGGGGCCUAGAUGCAAGGGAGCUAUUCGGAGUGUACGUGGAGGCAUGGAUCAGAGAGCGUUCCAACACACUCAUGGACGUCUGCCGAGCUCCCAAGUGGGCAGUGCUGGCCUCAUGCUGCCAGAAGUUGGCCUACAGUGCCCACAGCCAUUAUUCCAGAAACUUCGGGCAGUCCUUCUUGGGCGUGUUGGCAGACGACUCGGUGCUAACCCCAUCCCCUCCACCCCAUCCACCCCGUGCACACUGCCCUCUGUGCCUCACAGACUUCGGGCAGUCCUUCUUGGGCUUGUUGGCAGACGACUCGGGCGCCGUGAGAGCCCUCUGGGGCUCCUUCUCCACCUUCGUACGCCGCUGCCUGCCCCCCUCCUCCCUUUUCUACUCUCUCCUCUCCUUUUUCCUCGCCUUACUCUUCUCCCCUUUAGUGCAUCGCAUUCCCUCUCCCUCUUGCUCUCCGUCUUUGAGCUUCCUCACGUUCUUCUUUCUCCCUCCCAUUAUCAAGGCACAGGAGGAGGGAGACAAGGCCGGUGAGCAUCAGCAGCAGCAGCAGCACCAGGAGGAGGAGGCGGGGGCAGACAACAGCCUGCUGAUGAACGGGCGGCUGUGGGCCAUGCCGCGCAUGCGAGUGCUAGAAGCCGAGCUCGCCCCCAUGCUGCUGUCCAAGGCCAGGAGCUUCGGCCUCUCAGAGCAGUGGGUGCACGUGCUGGCCCCCUCUGCUGUGAUGCUAUUUCCCUCUUUCCCACCCCCCGUCCCCACCUUCUCACUUACCCUUUUCAUCCCUCUCAACCCCAUUUCCCCCUCACACAUCCUUGUUCCUUCCCGAAUGCAGGUGCACGUGCCGUCGUCAGUGAUGGUGGACGGGGUGCACGCGCAGCACUACUUUGAGUGCACGUGCCGUCGUCACACUUUUUCGGCACGGCGCAACAUCGUGCGGGGCUGCCUCUCCUCCCCACCCACCUGCUGCGGCCGCCUCUCCUCCCCCCCCACCUGCUGCGGCCGCCUCUCCUCCCCCCCCACGUGCUGCGGCCGCCUCUCCUCCCCCCCCACCUGCUGCGGCCGCCUCUCCUCCCCCCCCACCUGCUGCGGCCGCCUCUCCUCCCCCCCCACCUGCUGCGGCCGCCUCUCCUCCCCCCCACCUGCUGCGGCCGCCUCUCCUCCCCCCCCACCUGCUGCGGCCGCCUCUCCUCCCCCCCCACCUGCUGCGGCCGCCUCUCCUCCCCCCCCACCUGCUGCGGCCGCCUCUCCUCCCCCCCCACCUGCUGCGGCCGCCUCUCCUCCCCCCCCACCUGCUGCGGCCGCCUCUCCUCCCCCCCCACCUGCUGCGGCCGCCUCUCCUCCCCCCCCACCUGCUGCGGCCGCCUCUCCUCCCCCCCCACCUGCUGCGGCCGCCUCUCCUCCCCCCCCACCUGCUGCGGCCGCCUCUCCUCCCCGCCCACCUGCUGCGGCCGCCUCUCCUCCCCGCCCACCUGCUGCGGCCGCCUCUCCUCCCCGCCCACCUGCUGCGGCCGCCUCUCCUGCUACAACUGCCCCCUUCCUGUUUUUAACAUCAUGUUUUUCUCUUGUGUUACUGCAGGCAUCUCCGCGUGCACAUCGCUCGAGAGCCAUGGAUCAAGGAGAGAAGAGGAAGCGGCUUGAGGAGUCGUCAUUGGGUGAUAUCGACAAGGAUGUGAUAAAAGACGAGAUGAAAACUAUUUCGAAGGAGAAUCUUAUUUCUAUGGUCUUUCCUUGGGUUAUGGAGCACAAGCUUUAUCUUGAGGAAAUGGAAAACGUCGUCAACGCUGACGAGGCGAGCCGCAAGUUCCAUGUGUUAGGGGUGCCUAACAUCUCAGCAGAUACGUUGAAGAAAGCGUUUGAAAAGUUUGGCGAGGUGAAAUUUGCCGGCUUCGUUAUUGAAUCGCCGAGUAGGCACAUACCCACUGGGAUCAUCAUUUUCAAAUCAACACGCUCUGCAUGCUUGGCGCUUCGUUGUGAGGAAAAGAUGGUCAUUCAAAACCAUGACGCAUAUUUCUAUCGUCCUACGAUUUGGGAGCCCAUGUCGAUGCCGGACAACGAGAAUGACGGCCAAACCGCUCCAGCCGCCGCGCAGUCUGCUCCAGCCGCCGGGGAGCUUGCUCCAGUUGUCGAGGAGCCUGCUCCAGUUGUCGAGGAGCUUGCUCCAGUUGCCGGGCACCCUGCUCCAGUUGCCGGGCACCUUGCUCCAGUUGCCGGGCAGCCUGCUCCAGUUGCCAUGCAGCCUGCUCCAGUUGCCGUGCAGCCUGCUCCAGUUGUCGGGCAGCCUAUUCCGGUUGCCGGGCACCCUGCUCCAGUUGCCGGGCAGCCUGCUCCAGUUGCCGUGCAGCCUGCUCCAGUUGUCGGGCAGCCUAUUCCGGUUGCCGGGCAUGCUGCCACAGUUGCCGUGCAGCCUGCUCUAGUUGCCGAGCAGCCUGCUCCUGUUGCCGGGCAGCCUGCUCCAGUUGUCGAGGAGCUUGCUCCAGUUGCCGGGCACCCUGCUCCAGUUGCCGUGCAGCCUGCUCCAGUUGUCGGGCAGCCUAUUCCGGUUGCCGGGCAUGCUGCCACAGUUGCCGUGCAGCCUGCUCCAAUUGCCGAGCAGCCUGCUCCUGUUGCCGGGCAGCCUGCUCCAGUUGCCGAGCAGCCUGCUCCUGUUGCCGGACAGCCAGCUGCAGUUGCCGGGCAGCCUGCUUCAGUUGCCGGGCAGCUUGCUCCAAUUGCCGAGCCUGCUCCAGCCGCCGCGCAGUUUGUUCCAGCCGUCGCGCAGCCUGCUCCAGCCGCCGCGCAGCCUGCUCUAGCCGCGCUGUCUACUCGAGGAGGGCAGCCUGCUCGAGGAAGACAACCUGCUUCAGUCGAGCUGCCGACGCGUAGAGUUUAUGUACAGAGCCUUCCUUUUAAGUUGUCGAAGGAACAAUUUCAAGACAUUUUUCAGCAGUACGGGGAGAUUGAAGAAUGUGACAUCAUUAAUGAGCGAGGACGCGCAACAGGAUAUGGCUUUGUCAAGUAUCGGACGCUGGAGGAGGCAAUGAAG